GCUUGGCGUCCGAGCCUGGAUAAGGGUGUGGUACUCGGCUCGGUGGCUCAAAACGGGCAGCAGUGGAACGAUGGUGCGCCGUUUUUCUAUGGCACUGUGUCAUGCAUAUACGACUCACACGGUUACGGUUACAGCAUGACAACUGGAGAGUUUGGCAAUGACAAUCCCAACAUUGACAUUGCUAUUGGGAAGGCGGGCGAGCAGGACGAGGGUGUGAUUGACGUCUCAAUCGCAUGGUUUCCUUACCACCAAGGCUGGACCGCUGGGUACGUGGAUGCUCCUUCGCAGCUGGAGAAGGGAGCAGAGGCCAAGUGGGCGACAAACGCAUCCCACUCGCCCAACCUCCCCACUGAUCUCUCACGCAUUAUGCGGUGGGACGGCCGGGGAGCCAGUCUGGAGCUGCCAGGUGUCAACCCGUCACAGGACGGCAUGCUCUUCCUCACCUCCACGGAUCCGGGUCGAUGGAGCAAUGAGCUGAACAUCAUGAGCACCUAUGUCAAACGAAAUGGCCGCGGGUGGCGCAUUCAAGCCAGGGAGGACGCGUUUGGCGAUGUGACAGAGCUGGUGGAGAGUCAGGAGCACAUGUUCGCCUUCCUCUACGUCCCCUUCUCCGCCACUGGCCUUAUAGGAGCCACAAUAGCAGCAGAUGGGUCGGUGGUGCGGGGAGCAGGUGUUUUCUCGUGCAGAAGCCUGGGCCUUGGGAUGUACGAGAUCAGCAUUGGCAACGAGCACAAGACACACAAGGACGGCAUUCUCCUGCUGCAAGUGAUGGGGAGGGAUGACAGCAACAGGCGCUAUGCGAGGCAUGCCUUCCUCUCUUACAACUUCACGGCUCAGGGGUCGCUGCUGGUGGAGGGGCAUCGGCUCGUGAAGGAACCCGCUCAGAUGUUUAAAGAAACGUUUCCCUAUACCGAUACAGACUUUGCCUUUGUGUGGGUUGACUUCCGCAACCCUCUCAGCCCCACACUCCGCUCCUAUACCGGUCCCCUCCCACCUCGACUGACUGGUUACCGCUUCUGGAGCGGAAUCGUUGUGGGAAUAGUCGUCAUGGUGAUAGCGACUGCCGCUGCUGUCUUCUUGCUCUCCCGCCACUCCAUCUCUCUGGUGCCUUCUGCCUUCGCUCCUCUGACGUCACUACAACCCACCGAUUCGGUAUCGGCAGAAACGGAGCUUGCAGAAGAGCUGCUUAGAGGAGUGUAUAUUAAUGCUGAAGACUGA